GGAGGAGGGAUGAGAGAAGGAUGGGCAACAACAGUAGGGGAUAUGCCUCAGAUUAUCACCCAGUGUCAGAUCCUCUAGAGACAGAUAAAGAGGAGGAGUGGACCAAAGCGGGACAGCAGGAGAGACAGAAAGAAAGAGGUCGUCUCUGUGUAUGCAAGCUGCGCUGCAAAGAUGACCGACUCCAAAAGCGUAUUAUCAGUGGAGGUUCCAGAGGGGAAGUUAAUAAAAAAGGGUUCCAUCAAGAAGAAGAUUGAAUCAUUAAGGCGAUGGAGCUCAGCGAGUAUAAAGAGGCCUCCAAAGCCUAAGGCCAAGACCCUGAGUCUCUCCUCCCCCGUGGGAGACCCUGAUGACGUCUGGCUCCCAGAGGGAGACAAAAGGAAGCUGCGACCCAUCGUUGACUCAGUCUUUGGACAGGGGGAGUUGCCCAUUGGACAAAGCGGCGCCCCAUUGGCUGCAGCCAUGCUGGGGGGCCUGGGGGGUGCAGGUGAGGUAGACACGGAUGACGAGGAAGAAGGAGGGAGCGAGCGGGACAUUGAUGAGCCCCUGUGCGCUCUGGUUAAGAACUGCAACAUGCUGCACCACUUAGUGGGGCCUGCUUGUAUCUUCCUCAGACAGAGCUUCGCACAGAGCCAGCUUGACAGAGAUCUACGACCAGAGGAAAUGGAAGAGCUGCGUGAGGCAUUCAGGGAGUUUGACAAAGACAAGGAUGGCUUCAUCAGCUGUAAGGACCUGGGCGAGUGCAUGAGGACUAUGGGAUACAUGCCAACAGAGAUGGAACUGAUAGAACUCAGCCAGCAGAUCUGUGGCGGCAAAGUGGACUUUGAGGACUUUGUGGAACUGAUGGGUCCCAAAAUGCUCGCUGAGACUGCAGACAUGAUUGGAGUCAAGGAGCUGAGGGACGCCUUCAAAGAGUUUGACUCUGAUGGCGACGGCCAGAUCAGCCUUGGGGAGCUGAGGGAAGCCAUGAAGAAACUAAUGGGGGAGCAGCUAAACCACCGCGAGAUAGACGAGAUCCUGCGAGACAUUGACCUCAACGGGGACGGACAGGUGGACUUUGAAGAGUUUGUGCGAAUGAUGUCUCGCUGACUCUAUUGCACUAAAGAGAACAUGGACCAGGCUGCACACUGUUGACGUUCUUGUAAUUCUUCUAAUCUUGAUGUACACAGACUUAUUGGUGUCUGUAGUUUUUUUCAGUUUUCAGUUACUUACCAUCAUCUCUCAAGUAUAAGAGAAUCCCUUCAAUGUGUUACCGUUGUAUAAAAUGUAAUAUGUAUUUAACAUGUAAUGAGAGAUUAUAGAGUCAUGACUCAGCAGGGACAUGGUUUAAACAAAGCUUUUCUUUGGAAAUGAUUUCAAUUGGAAUAUAUUCCAACUGAAAAAUA